UCCAGGGGUCGACCAAAUGCACCUCUUCAGCAUCCUAUUUCCACUUUCAUGCCUUCCAUGUGUGCGUAACCGUCACGCUGGAUAACCAUCAUUCCCACUAAGAUGAAUAUGUAAGAGUGAUAUGCAUUAGAACUUCAGUUUCCACUCCCUCUAUUUGCUUUUGACUUGGGCCAAGAAGUCAACGCCACCCCUUCACCACCGCACCUUACCAACAUUCUGCCAAAUUUCGUCAUAAAUUGCUUACGACGUUUUCACACUCACUUCCAAACGAGCAACUUAACAUCUAACUAGUAGCCUGAAAUAUUUUCAUCCUUCGUAAAAUGUAAAAUGUGAAUUGUGAAUAUAAAUUGUUGAUAUUUUUCUAUAAAAACCUUUCUUUAUUUCUACAUUCUUUUCUCUUGACUUUAAAAUAUUUGGAUUUUGAGGAAGGGAUACUUUAUUCGUUACUGGAUAGGCAAAGCCAGCAUUCCAGCGAUGCCGAGCAUAAAGUACUCCAUAGAAGAUUGGAAAUUAUUUUAUUUAAAAAAAAAGUGUUAUACAAAAACCGAACAACUGCCGAGGAACCAAACCAACGCUACCAAAGCCAAUGGAAAGGCAUUAUCUCGUUGUAUGAAUUGGGUAGUACUACUAGACUACUAGUCUAGUGUCUGCAAUUUCUCUCUAAAACCCUAAACCCCAUUCUCCUGAUUUUUGUUAUUCUGAAUUUCGGGAACAAAAAACAACACAAUCAGCUGGCAAAUGUCUAACUCUAACCCGUUACCCCUCAAGAGACAAGGUGAACAAUCGUCCGAUGAUGGCGCCUCUGCCAUUAAACUUUCUCGCCUCAAAAUCGCAAUACCCUCUGAGGAUUCCGACAAGAAGAAUGCGAACAGGAGGCUCAAAGAUGUUGAAAUUUGUGUCCCAAUAGUGUAUGGAACCAUUGCAUUCUAUCUUGGAAGGAAGGCCAGUGAGUCUCAGUCACAUAAGUGGACGGUGUAUGUUCGUGGAGCGUCGAAUGAAGAUCUUGGGGUGGUGGUUAAGAGGGUUGUAUUUCAGUUGCAUCCUAGUUUUAAUAACCCCACCAGAGUUGUUGAAUCACCCCCUUUUGAGUUAUCAGAAUGCGGUUGGGGUGAAUUUGAAAUAGCCAUCACCCUCUAUUUCCACCCUGAUGUCUGUGAAAAACAGUUGGACUUGUAUCACCAUUUGAAAUUAUAUCCAGAAGAUGAAUCUGGCCCCCAGUCUACGAAGAAACCUGUGGUUGUUGAAUCUUAUAAUGAGAUUGUUUUUCCUGAACCCUCGGAGGGUUUUCUAGCACGUGUACAGAAUCAUCCUGCUGUUAAUGUGCCUAGGCUUCCUGCUGGUUUGAAUUUACCAAGUCCUGUACCAAUUGAUACUGUGAAUGAUAAGGAGAGAGGUGACACCAAAGAUCAUCCUCUAACCCAAUGGUUCAUGAACUUCUCUGAGGCUGAUGAGCUCUUAAAACUUGCAGCAGCUCGCCAGCAGGUGCAAGCUCAUAUUGUUAAGCUGCGAAGACAAUUAAGUUUGGUGGAAGGACUACCUCAGCUGUCUAAACCGCCCUCUGGUUAUGAAUGCACAUGAUUCUUAUUUUUAAAUUUUUUGGGCUUCCCUUUUGGGUCAAACUUGGAAGAUUCAUUAUGAACAAGUAUGUAUAUAUGCGUAUAGUCAUCCUUGUAGAUUGUGUUGCUUAUUUUUAUCUAUGGCAGCCAAAAGAUUAGAGGUUUGAACUUUGAAGAAUGGACAUGAUCCUGGGCAAAUACUAGUUGUAACCUGAGGAGUAUAAUAUUUUAUCUCAAACUUAUCUAAAUCCCUGUUGCUUUAACAGUUUAAUCA